AUGGAGACAAUGCCUUCUCGUUCAGAUCGUAUCGAUUUGACUGGAUCGACCGAUCUCCGUUCGGCCGGUUCGGAAUCAACUGUAGCAGCUGCUUGGCACCGCUUUCCUCAUUCUCUGGUAUGGACACCGAUACCCAUACUAACUUGGCUUUUGCCAUUCAUUGGUCAUAUGGGUAUUACUAACUCGGCAGGUGUGAUCUUCGACUUCGCAGCACCUUAUACAGUCAACGAGGAUUGCAUGGCUUUUGGGUGGCCUACAAUGUAUUACCAGCUAGAUCUAUCCCAAAUUGAAAACCGCGAUCUGUGGGACAGGGCUGUUUACGAGGCCAAUGAGAUAUAUAAAAUGCGUGUACAUAAUCUCUGCUGUGAUAACUGCCACAGUCACGUGGCCCGGGUAUUAAAUGGAAUGCGGUACAACGGAAAGUCGGACUGGAAUAUGGUCUCCACAUUUUUGUUGUUUUUUAGACGAGGCAAAUAUGUGAGUAAACGUCAUUGUUUAAGCUCAUGGCUCCCGUUUUUGAUCCUGGCCUCACUUGUGAUUCUCGUCGUGGUGUUCACCACGUUACGUUAG